AUCAUUAGAGGCUAAGGUGAACAAGUUUUCUCUCUCCUCCUGAUGACACCCUUUUAGAUACCUGAAAACUGCUAUCAUGUCCACUCUCCGUCUUCUCUUUUUCAAACUAAAUAAACCCAAUUCUUUCAGCCUUCCUUCAUAGGUCAUGUUCUCAAGACCUUUAAUCAUUCUUGUUGAUCUUCUCUGGACCCUCUCCAAAUUCUCCACAUCUUUCUUGAAAUGCGGUGCCCAGAACUGGACACAAUACUCCCGUUGAGGCCUAACCAGCGCAGAGUAGAGCGGAAGAAUGACUUCUCGUGUCUUGUUUACAACACACCUGUUAAUGCAUCCCAGAAUCACGUUUGCUUUUUUUGCAACAGUAUCACACUGUUGACUCAUAUUUAGCUUGUGGUCCACUAUGACCCCUAGAUCUCUUUCUGCCAUACUCCUUCCUAAAGAGUCUCUUCCCAUUCUGUAUGUGUGAAACUGAUUGUUCCUUCCUAAGUGGAGCACUUUGCAUUUGUCUUUAUUGAACUUCAUCCGGUUUACCUCAGACCAUUUCUCCACUUUGUCCAGAUCAUUUUGAAUUUUGACCCUGUCCUCCAAAGCAGUUGCAAUCCCUCCCAGUUUGGUAUCGUCUGCAAACUUAAUAAGCGUACUUUCUAUGCCAACAUCUAAGUCGUUGAUGAAGAUAUUGAACAGAGCCGGUCCCAAAACAGACCCCUGCGGAACCCCACUUGUUAUACCUUUCCAGCAGGAUUGGGAGCCAUUAAUAACUACUCUCUGAGUACGGUUAUCCAGCCAGUAAUGCACCCACCUUAUAGCAGCCCCAUCUAAAUUGUAUUUGCCUAGUUUAUCGAUAAGGAUAUCAUGUGAGACGGUAUCAAAUGCCUUACUAAAGUCUAGGUAUGCCACAUCCACCGCUUCUCCCUUAUCCACAAGGCUCAUUAUCCUAGCAAAGAAAGCUAUCAGAUUGGUUUGACACGAUUUGUUCUUUCCAAAUCCAUGCUGGCUAUUCCCUAUCACCUUACCACCUUCCAAGUGUUUGCAGAUGAUUUCUUUAAUUACUUGCUCCAUUAUCUUCCCUGGCACAGAAGUUAAACUAACUGGUCCGUUAAAGAUUAAUAGUUUAUUAAAGAUUAUGCCAAGUGAUGAAACCUCCAGGAAUACGUCCAACUAAAAUUGGCAACCCUAAUACAGAACUCUCAUAAGCAUGGUUAGACUUAAAAGUUGAUACAGUUUGGGGUUCUUUUUUACUUGCUCGUGAAUAUUUAUUGAAAUAUUCUGUAUGAAAUGUUUAAAAGAAAUCAAAGGUACAUGCAUAAACAUCUGAAGCACUUAGAAACUUGUCAGGUCAUUUUGAACCUCUCGAUGUAUAAUCUGAUUGUAUGUAUAUGUUUCACAGGACAAAAUGCUGCACCCCCAGAAGUGGUUACCAAAUAUGGGAAACUCCGAGGGCAGCGAAUCAAAGUUGAUGGAGCUGAGACACAUGUAGAUGUUUUCCUGGGAAUUCCCUUUGCUAAGCCACCUGUUGGACCUUUGAGAUUUUCCCCACCAGCGCCAGCUGAGCCGUGGAAGGGUCUCCGAAAUGCAACUAUCUACCCACCCAUGUGCCUACAGGACUCAGUGGCUGGGCAGCAUCUAUCGGAUGCAUUUACUAACAGAAAAGAAAAACUUUCUUUCCAAGUUUCCGAAGACUGUUUGUUCCUAAACGUGUACACGCCUGCCAGCUCAGACAAGGACAUGUUACCUGUCAUGGUAUGGAUCCAUGGAGGUGGAUUAGUGACUGGUGCAGCUUCAACAUAUGAUGGGUCAGCACUAUCAGCCUUUGAAAAUGUGGUGGUUGUAACAAUUCAGUACAGACUGGGGAUCCUUGGAUAUUUUAGCUCUGGUGAUGAACAUGCUCGUGGAAACUGGGGUUAUUUGGAUCAAGUGGCAGCUCUCCAGUGGAUUCAAGAAAAUAUUGAACAUUUUGGAGGAGAUCCAGGAUCUGUCACUAUAUUUGGAGAGUCUGCAGGAGGAGUCAGCGUUUCUGCCCUUGUCUUAUCUCCUCUGGCAAAGGGCUUGUUCCAUAAGGCCAUCUCAGAGAGUGGAGUUACAAUCAAGGGGUUGUUUACUGCUCAUCCUGAAGCACAAGCUAAUAAAAUUGCUAAGGUAUCUGGCUGCCAAUCAAGCAGCUCUGCUGCAAUGGUUCAUUGUCUGAGGGAAAAGACAGAGGAAGAAAUGAUGGAAAUAACGCUGAAGAUGGACUUCACAACAGUAAAGUUAAAUGCUACAUCAUCUGGAGACUCUGACAAGUCCCUGUUAAUCUCCACAGUUUUGGAUGGUGUAUUUUUUCCUAAGAGCCCUGAGGAGCUACUGGCUGAAAAAGCAAUCAAUGCAGUCCCAUAUAUAAUAGGAGUAAAUACCCAUGAAUUUGGAUGGCUAAUUCCUAAUAUGUUCAAAUAUCCUGCUUUCACUGAAGGGUUGGACAAAGAAACAGUAACCUCACUGCUACUGGCCUCAGAGUUUUUUACACAUAUUCCUGCUGAGUUCACUUAUCUAUUAACUAAUGAAUAUCUAAGCAAUAUAGAGGAGCCUACCCAGCUACGAGAUAGGCUUUUUGAAUUGAUGGGAGAUGCAGUGUUUGUUGUUCCAGUCAUUCAAAGAGCUAGAUAUCACAGGGAUUCUGGCAACCCAGUCUACGUUUAUCAUUUUCAUCAUCGAUCAAGUUCAUAUGAAGGUGUUAGACCAGACUUCGUAAAAGCGGAUCAUGGCGAUGAAAUUGGCUAUGUUUUUGGAAAGCCCUUCUUAGCUGGUGAUGCUACAGAAGAAGAGGGUAAACUCAGCAAAACAAUUAUGAAAUACUGGGCUAAUUUUGCUCGAAAAGGAAAUCCUAAUGGUGAAGGUUUGGUGACGUGGCCAGUGUAUAAUGUGGAUGAACAAUACCUUAUAAUAGACAUAAAGCAGAAAGCAGCAAAGAAAUUGAAAGAGAACCGAGUGGAGUUCUGGACAAAGACCCUUCCUAAAAAGAUGGCUGAAGGAAAGAGAAAGUACAAAGAGUUAUGAAAUCUGAGAAGCAUAUGGGUUGCUUUUAGUGCAGUGAAAUAAAACAAGAUCAUUUCAUCUGAA